CACAUGACCGGCAGUAGUUGGGUCGAGUAGAGCUGUGUGUGAGCUGUCAGCUGAUAGAAGCGGAGAGAGAACAUGGCAGGCGGCCUGGUUCGUGGAAAACUGAUCGCGGUGAUCGGUGAUGAGGACACCUGCACCGGCUUCCUGCUCGGAGGAAUUGGGGAGCUGAACAAGAACCGGAAGCCAAAUUUCCUGGUUGUGGAGAAGGAGACGAGCGUGACGGAGAUCGAGGAGACGUUCCGGGCUUUUCUACAACGUGAUGAUAUUGGAAUUAUACUGAUUAACCAGUUUAUCGCUGAGAUGAUCCGACAUGCUAUUGAUGCACACAGUCUCUCCAUUCCAGCUGUGCUUGAAAUCCCAUCUAAGGAGCACCCCUACGAUGCUAACAAGGACUCUAUACUGCGCAGAGCUAAGGGCAUGUUCACAGCAGAUGACUUGCGAUAAUUUGCUACACUGUAUGAUCCCAUAUUUAUGGGACCUUCCUGUAAUGGUGUUGUAUAACUUCCUUCCUACAUAAUCCUGUAAGCAGUGACAGGUUACAAGGAAAAUGUCACUUCUUGUUUUUUUUUGUUUGUUUUUUUCCUUUAUAAUUUAUUCCUGCCACUGGAGCGGAGUCUCUAUGGUACUGAAGUAGCUCCUGUAUAUCCCUUAGUGCAGUGUGUCCUGACCAGUGUUCCUCCAGCUGUUGCAAAACUACAACUCCUAUCAUGCCUGGACAGCCUUUGCCUGUCUGAGCAUGCUGGUAGUUGUAGUUUUGCAACAGGUAGAGAGAGGCACACUGGUCAGGAAAAACUACCUUAGUGUGUAAAGCUUUUUUUUUUUUUUUUAGCCGCUGUUCUGACUACUAUGUGCAAAUGUGCUUUCUUUCGUAAAAAUACAUAAAAUGAAAAAAGUGGUGAGACUGGUUAACAUUCCUGCUUGUCUGUACUAGUUAAUGUAAAUCACAUCUUUUUUUUAAAGAAUUUUACUUGACUUGUAUACUAGGCGAUGUUCCUAUUAUAGAAUUAAAUGGCCCAAAUUUACCAAUCUGCUAAAACCAAAACUGUCUGCUUUUGCCCAUAAUAACCAAUCACAGCUCAGCUUUCACUUUACUAGAGCUUGUUAAGAUAUGAAAGCUGAGCUGUGAUUGAUUGUUAUGGGCAAAUCACUCCUGUUAUUGUUUCCUACAGAUUGAUAAAUCUGGACCAUUGUGUCAACAAAACAUGCCAGAAUACUGGAGCACUGAGGACCUUUUAUGGGGAUGUUCAGAUGGCGUAAAAUGUGGGGAACGUACGUCCGGAAAACAGUGCCACACAUUUGAAUAAUCCUACUGGUGCUGGGACUGCUCGGAAAUGCUACAUCUCAUAGACGGCAAUGCAUGAAAUCUGUAAAAAGAAUAGACAUGUUUACUCUUUUUGCGAAUGCUGGAAAGCUCUGCGGCGGAAAUUCCACAAUGGAUCCCAUUUGAAAUCAAUCCAGCUGCUGAUGUGGAAAGUUCCGCCAUGUGAACAUACCCUAUCUGUACCAAUGUAAGCAAGUCCUGAUAGUUUAAAGUGUGUAUCGGUAGCCCCCUCUGCAGUCAUAGAAGCCUACUAGUUCUGCUUAUUUAAAUUAUAGACAGAUGUCUCCUAGUUUGUGGGCAAAGAUUUAGUGUCCCAAAUGCAUAUUUCUUAAUAUUAUAUUAUAGUGGCGUAUGCCAAGAACCGGUGGUAUUGUGACUGAUUUGAUGAAAAGCAGCUUUUUAUUUUAUUUAAAUUUUUUUUUAAACACACAUUUCCCACAUACCUGAUUUUGGAUUAUGUGCUCCCGUCUCAUCUUGUGAAAACUUUGUUGUUGAGUAGAUUCAAUAAAGGCAACACUGCGAAUGA